AUGCUAACCGCUCCAACCGUCUUCUCAAUGUCGUUUGUGACCGACGCGGGCGGAUACUUAGCCGUCCGGUUCAUGAUCGGUUUCUGCCUCGCCACGUUCGUGUCGUGCCAGUACUGGACUAGCGUCAUGUUCAACGGGAAGAUCAUAGGACUAGUCAACGGCUGCGCCGGUGGGUGGGGCGAUAUGGGCGGUGGAGUGACUCAGCUACUCAUGCCAAUGGUCUUCCACGUCAUCAAGCUCGCCGGAGCCACUCCGUUCAUGGCUUGGCGCAUAGCUUUCUUCGUCCCUGGCUUUCUUCAAGUUGUAAUGGGCAUUCUCGUCCUCACUCUCGGCCAAGAUCUCCCUGAUGGUAACCUCAGUACCCUUCAGAAGAGUGGUCAAGUUUCUAAAGACAAAUUCUCAAAGGUUUUCUGGUUCGCUGUGAAGAACUACAGAACAUGGAUUUUAUUCGUUCUUUAUGGAUCUUCCAUGGGAAUUGAAUUAACCAUCAACAAUGUUAUCUCCGGAUAUUUCUUCGACAGGUUUAACCUUAAGCUUCAAACAGCCGGUAUUGUCGCAGCCAGCUUCGGAAUGGCGAACUUCUUCGCUCGUCCCUUCGGUGGCUACGCCUCUGAUGUAGCGGCUCGAAUCUUUGGCAUGAGAGGCCGGUUAUGGACCUUAUGGAUCUUUCAAACCGUAGGAGCUCUCUUUUGCAUCUGGCUAGGUCGUGCUAGUUCACUUCCCAUAGCAAUCUUAGCCAUGAUGCUCUUCUCAAUCGGUACACAAGCUGCUUGCGGAGCCCUCUUCGGGGUUGCACCUUUCGUCUCGCGCCGCUCUUUAGGGCUCAUAUCGGGACUAACCGGUGCGGGAGGAAACUUCGGGUCCGGUCUGACUCAGCUGCUUUUCUUCUCAUCUUCGAGGUUUAGUACAGCGGAAGGACUCUCUUUGAUGGGCGUUAUGGCAGUUGUGUGCACGCUCCCGGUUGCAUUUAUACAUUUCCCGCAAUGGGGAAGCAUGUUUUUAAAACCGUCGAGUGAUGGAGAAAGAUCCAAGGAGGAAUAUUACUACACUUCUGAGUGGACGGAGGAUGAGAAACGACAAGGAUUGCACGAAGGAAGCAUCAAAUUUGCUGAGAACAGUCGGUCUGAGAGAGGCCGGAAAGUAGCUUCGGCUGACAUGCCAACUCCGGAGACCGGAACUCCGAUUCAUGUUUGAAGACAAAAUCACUAAGAGAUUUUCCUUAUAUAUAUGUAGAAAUAACACUUUAAUUAGUUUUAUGUUCCUGUCAUAUGGGAUAAUGUAUGUAACUAAGCAAGAUCUUGCUGUGAUAGGUAAGGUUCGAUGAGC